AUGGUGCAGUCGAGUGUCAGGGAACGCCUUCUCGUGCCCGAGGGAGACCAGGAUGGCUCCGUACUCACUCCGGCGGGCCCGAGCCCGGGCCACGCGGAACGCGCGGUCCUCCGGAAGCUGAACACGCACCUCCUGCCGGUCUGCAUGGCGCUCUCGUUCUGUACAUACCUGGACCAAGCGAACGCCGCGUUCGCAGCGCGGGAGGUCAUGCACGACACGGGGCUGUCGAAUAGCGGAUACGGUAUCAGCGCGCUGUUCUUCCUGCCCUACGCGCUGCUCCAAGUGCCGCACACCCUCGCACAGGAGAAGUUUGGAGCCCCGACAUGGUUGUCGGUGAUUUCGCUGGCCUACGCCGCGGUCGCAGCGGGCCAGUCGCUCGUCACGUCGCCAGCGCAGUACCUUCUCGCCAGGCUCUGCAUGGGCGCGUGCCUCUCGGGCCUCCAGCCGGGCGUGUGGCUCCUCCUCUCCCGCUUCUACCCGGUCGCGGACUUCGGAGAGGCGUACGUCAACGUCGCAAGCAUGACCAACAUAUCCCUCAUCGUCGGAGCGCCGCUCGCGGCCGUCAUCAUGAAGCUCGACGGCGCGCUCGGUAUCGCCGGCUGGCGCUGGCUCUUCCUGAGCCAGGCCGCCACGGGCGUGGCCCUCACGAUAGCGUGCGCCGCCACGCUCCCCGCCGACGCAGCGACGGCGCGCUUCCUCUCGCCGCGCGAGUGCGACGACCUGCUCGCCGCGGGCGCGACGUGCCCGUCCCUCGCGCACACCGAGGCGCAGUCGCCGCGCGAGAGCGAGCGCGCGGACCCGGGCGGGGCGCGGGCGGCGCCGGUGGACGUGGCCGCGGUCGAGGCGGAGCUGUCGCGCUCGGCCGCGCUGCUCGACCCGCGGGCGUGGCAUCUGGGCUUCGUGGCGCUCCUCGCGGAGUGCGGCGACUUCGCCAUCAUCAUGUGGGCGCCGAUGAUUGCGCAGGCUGUGCUGGGGGCGCACCCGGGGGGGCCGGACGGGGGCGACGCGCCGCCGCCGGACGCGCCGGACGUGCCGGACGCGGAGAUGAAUCCGAUGACGCUCGGCAUCCUGACGGCGAUUCCGUUCGCGGUGGAAUACAUUGCCAUGCUGGCGGUGGCGCGGAGUUCUGCGAAAACGCACGAGCGGCGGCUGCACGUGGCGGUGUCGCUGGCCAUCGGCGGGCUGCUCCUCGGGACGGUCGUUCCGUGGUCGAUCAAGCCGCAUCCGAUCACAGGGUACGUGUCGCUGGUGGCCGCGGCGGCGGGCGUGGCGGCGUACCAGGGGCCUUUUUACGCACUGCCGCACGCGAUGUUCCGGGGCGCGAGGGCGAAGGCGAUGGGCAUCGCGGUGGUGCAGGGGCUCAGCAACGUCGGCGGGCUCGUGGGGCCGCUCGUGACGGGGCUGCUGUCCGGCGGGGGGGACUUUGCGAGAGCCAUGGUGUUUCUAGGGGGGUGUCUCGUCGCCGCCGCGCUGCUCGCGCUGCUCAUCCGCGACCCGGGCGAUCCAGAGAGGCGCCGAACGGUCAAGGAGGAUGACGAACUCGCGUAG